AUGUUAUUCAUUAGAAUAUUCAUUUAUAAAUAUUCUAUUUAUGAUAAUAAUCAAACAUUUGGAGAUCGAAUUCAAAAUUUAAAAUAUUCAAAUACAGAAAUGAAAGAUCCAAAUAUAUUCUCUAAAUAUUUGUAUGGUAUUGCAUCCAUUGGUAUUCCAUAUUUAUAUGAAAGAGUUUGCAAAAGUCAAUAUUUAAAUAUUGAAUAUUUAAAGAGAUUUGAAUAUUAUUACAAAACAUUAGAAUUUAUUAAUUUUAUAAUAUUUCUAUAUCAAGGAAAAUAUAAAUCUCUCAUUGAUAGAAUAUUUCAUUGGAGAAAGGUAUAUGCUACCAGAUUUAUGAUUAGACAAUUAUCAUUUGAUUAUAUGAAUACAGAAUUGAUAUGGAAUGGAUUAGCAGAAACCAUCUUAUUUAUUGCUCCUUUAAUUAAUUUUAAAAAAUUAUUGACAUUUUUAAAUCGAGUAUGGGAUUGGAUGACAAGUCGAAUGAGAAAAGAUUUGAGAAUGUGGAUUGAGAAUAUAUCACAACAUGAGACUCUCAAGAAGGAUAUGAAUUCUACAAGUCUUAAUACGAUCCAUGAUACUACUAUUACUGGUACUACUUCUACUCUUCAAUCAUCCUCUUCAUUGACAAUGAUCAACAACAACUCUUCUGAAUACUAUUCCAAUCAAGAAUGUCCAUUUUGUAAUGCUAAUCCUAUUUUAAUACCCUAUGUGAGUCAUGAUGGUGCAUGUAAACAUCGAUUCUGUUAUUAUUGUAUUGAAAAUGCAUUAUUGAAUGAUUCAAGUGAUCAUUGUGUGAAUUGUCCAUCAUGUUCCAAAGAAAUUACAAAAUCAAAAAGAUUUUAUAGAUAG